CGAGAUAUCGCGAUAUUACGGGUUGCCCCGAGAUGUACCUGGCGCGGGUGUAUCACAGAGAAGAUCCCGUCUCCAGUGGUAACCUGUCCACCUAACUCAUCCUCAGCUCCCCUGGCUGCAGUGAUUCUUCCAUAAUUCCUUUGCCUGCCGGCUACUACUGGAAUUGGUCCUCAGUGAUUGCUGCUAAUAAAGUCCUAAAUCCUGACAGCUUUAUGAAAGCCAGUCCCUCAGGCUCUGGGACCAGAUGCCACCAGUCCGCCCAUGGAACCCAGGGUCUCAUGUCCAGCUGCUGCACCCUUGAGGGAGGGGCAGUUCCGUGUUCUCGUGGGUGUCACUGGGAGUGUUGCUGCUCUGAAGUUGCCUGUCCUGGUGGCACGGCUAUUGGACAUUCCUGGUCUGGAAGUAGCCGUGGUCACAACUGAGAAAGCCAAACAUUUCUACAGCCCCCAGGAUGUUCCUGUCCCCCUGUACAGCGACUCUGAUGAAUGGGAGAUGUGGAGGUGCCGCUCCGACCCAGUUCUUCACAUUGACCUUCGGAGGUGGGCAGACCUCAUGCUGGUGGCUCCUCUUGAUGCCAACACUCUGGGGAAGGUGGCCAGUGGCAUCUGUGACAACUUGCUUACCUGUGUCAUCCGCGCCUGGGAUCUCAGCAAGCCCUUGCUCUUCUGCCCCGCCAUGAACACGGCUAUGUGGGAGCACCCUAUCACCACACAGCAGGUGGGCCAGCUCAAGGCCUUCGGCUACGUGGAGAUCCCCUGCGUGGUCAAGAAGCUGGUGUGUGGGGACCAAGGUCUGGGCGCCAUGGCUGAGGUGGACACCAUUGUGGAAAAGGUGAAAGAAGUCCUCUCCCAGCAUGGGAGCUGCCAGCAGAAUUGACCCAGGAGGUUUGUCCCACGUGUCCCUCUGCACUCAGCAUGUUUUCAGGUGGAGUUGGUAGUGAAAGUGGACACUAGAUAUAUGAUGAAGAUGGCUGCCCUUCUGAGCAGGGGUCUGGCUGGGCCUGCUAAGGGGCCUCCUGGCAGAGGGUGGGCUGCAUGAAACUAGACCACAGGCCCAGGACCAGAGGACACCUGCUUUCUGGAGUUCCUCCCCACUUUUCCUGAGGUGGUAUUACCAAUGAGAGGAGUCAGCUGCUGUCCUGUCCCUGGGCUCCUGGAAUAACUGAGAAUGACUGAGAAGCUGUGGUUCGCGCUAGGCCCAGGAAUGCCUUUAGAAACAGCCCCAGUGGACCCAGACCUGACCAGGCCUCGGAGCUUUGUCUCUGUGAUGGAGUGUACAGGUGCCACACAGAGUCAGGGCGAGGCCCUGAGACCCUGUGGCCCCACUGACCACACUGGGAGACCAGGAUGCUAGGGAGUGAAGGGAAGGGGCCUCUCAGGAGACGUUGUUACGGCCCACCCAAGGCGCUGCUAGGUGUGGCUGGGAGCAUCCGCUGGGUGACCGGUGUCCUUAAUCCCCACAUCCUGGUGUGGCUAGGGGCAAGGACUCUGCACGCACAGAGAAAGCCCAGCUCUGCCGCCUGCGAGCAGUGGCUCGGGUCUCAGCCUCUGUGGCCCUCUCCCCGCAACUGUGCUAGCCCACACUCACGGAGUUGUCGGGAGGAUUAAACGAGAUAACACACGGAGUGACAGUGGGAACUGAAUGUCAAUUAAACGGAAUAUAAAGCUA